AUGAGCAAAUCCGACCGCUAUAAGCAAGCACCACAGUCGGCGCAUGAGCGUCGCGCUGGCGAAUCUGCGCUCAGCGACUUCGCCGACUACGUUCAGCAACAGCAAGCACUCCGAAAAGGCCCCGGAGCAACUACCUCGGCGUCCAACGGCGCAUCGAAAGGCGCUCCAAAGCAGGAGCACGCUGAGCUUGACAUCCUCGACACUCUAGCCCUCGGCGACGAUAAGCCGCGAGUCCGAUUGAAGCACCUGCUCCUCGACACUUCCGAGACCAAAGACGAUAGCACCACGCAACUGCAGGACAUAUUGAACAAGCGCCUAGACGAAGGUCAUGGAGAGUGCCUGUUCGAUGUCGGACUCGAGGACAACGGCGACAGCCAGCUGCUGUCCGAGCGGGAAUGGGAAGCUGCACUCGUGCGGAUAAAGGAGAUUCUGGACAAGCUAAAGGCCGACUGGAAGAUCCUUAUGACCAAGAAUGUCCCAAACAGCGAGGUCGACGUUGGUACUGAGAACAAGAAAGAACGAGGAUGCGUCGGCAAAGUGAUGAUUCGAAGAAGACCGAAAGACAUAGACCAGACCAUCGAGAUGAGAAUAGCAGUCGUGGGCAAUGUCGAUGCUGGAAAGAGUACAUUGCUUGGAGUCCUCGUUAAAGGCGGGCUCGACGAUGGUCGUGGCAUGGCUCGAGUGAAUCUAUUCCGACACAAGCACGAGGUUGAGUCUGGACGAACAUCAUCCGUGGGCAUGGAGAUCAUGGGCUUCGACACGAAAGGAGAUGUGGUUGUAUCUGGUGUACCGGGCAGGAAGCUGAGCUGGGAAGAGAUUGGCAAGCGCAGUGCCAAAGUCAUCUCGUUCACCGACUUGGCUGGCCACGAGCGAUAUCUGCGGACCACCGUCUUCGGUCUGCUCUCGAGUGAGCCCAACUAUUGCUUGCUGAUGGUUGCUGCCAACAAUGGAUUGAUCGGAAUGUCCAAAGAGCAUCUCGGUAUUGCUCUGGCGCUGAAUGUUCCAGUCAUGGUCGUCAUCACCAAGAUCGACAUUUGUCCACCUCAGAUCCUACAGCAGACCAUCACUCAGCUUACCAAGAUCCUCAAGUCGCCCGGAGCUCGCAAAAUACCAAUCUUCAUCAAGAACCGUGAGGAAUGCAUCAACACUGCGACACAGUUCGUCAGCCAGCGCAUCUGCCCGGUCUUUCAGGUUUCGAACGUGACUGGAGAGAGCCUGGAUCUGGUGCGGGAGUUUCUCAACAUCCUCCCACAUCACGGAAAGUACGAUGCCGAUGCGCCAUUCGAGUUCCACGUCAACGAUACCUUCUCCGUGCCGUUCGUAGGAACAGUGGUAUCUGGUGUGGUUAAGUCUGGUAUCAUCCACGCUGGUGAUACUGUUCUUGUGGGACCGAACAGCCUGGGGGAGUUCACGACGACCACAGUUCGAUCUAUCGAGCGAAAACGAAUCAGCACCCCAGCAGCCACAGCAGGUCAAAGUGCAUCUUUCGCUCUUCGAAGAGUGCGAAGAAAGGACGUCCGCAAAGGUAUGGUCGUGCUCCUGGCAAAGUCCGAAACGAACCCGAAUGUGAUCAUAGCACAACCAAAGGUCUACCGCGAGUUCGUGGCAGAGGUCUUGAUUCUCUCACAUGCAACGACCAUCCGGACUAAGUACCAGGCUAUGCUGCAUGUCGGACCAGUCUCGCAGACUUGCGCUAUCAUCGACAUCGACAGAGCGUACAUUCGAACUGGAGACAGGGCGACCGUGGCGUUCAGGUUCGUGCAGCGACCAGAGUUUCUGUCGGUUGGCGACCGUAUCCUCUUCCGCGAGGGCAGGACCAAAGGGCUUGGUAUUGUCAAGCAGGUUGGUUAUGACCCUUCGAAACCACUCAACCCGGGUGCGGGGCAGGAUGGAGAGAAGGAGAAGGUUGAGGGCAGCAGCCCAGCUGUCAUUAAGGCGGCAGCUUGA